UUUUUUAAUGAAAAGCAACAUUUACAAAAAUAGUAAAUGAUUAAUACUUUAUUCGUUGUGUACAUUUUAUGACUUUAUUUUCAGAUAACGUACAUGGACAAAUCUGCACAUGUACAUAUGCUGAAGCCUGAGCAGCACCACACGUUUAAGCAUAUGUACAUCAUUCAUGAUCAGAGAGCAGCCCAUCUUCAGCACCAGAGCGCACGUCUUCCAGAUCGACCCAAACACCAAGAAGAACUGGGUUCCCACGAGCAAACACGCCGUCACCGUGUCCUACUUCUACGACAGCACACGCAACGUCUACCGCAUCAUCAGCCUCGACGGGUCAAAGGCCAUCAUCAACAGCACCAUCACGCCGAACAUGACCUUCACCAAAACCUCACACAAGUUCGGUCAGUGGGCGGACAGCCGGGCGAACACCGUCUACGGCCUGGGCUUCUCCUCCGAGGCUCAUCUCAGUAAAUUUGCCGAGAAGUUCGCGGAGUUCAAAGAAGCGGCGCGGUUAGCGAAAGAGAAGUCUCAGGAGAAGAUGGAGUUAACCAGCACACCCUCGCAGGAAUCAGCAACGGGCGACCUUCAGUCUCCUGUGACUCCAGAGAGCAUCAACGGCACGGACGAGAGAGUGACCCCCGACACAGAGAGAGAGAACCGAGCAGAGACCAACGCUGUACCCUUCCCUCACAGCUCCACGUCCAUCACCAAACACUGGGAGGCUGAGCUAGCGGCUCUGAAGGGGAACAACGCUAAGCUAACGGCGGCGCUGCUGGAGUCUACGGCUAACGUCAAGCAGUGGAAGCAGCAGCUAGCGGCGUACCAGGACGAGGCCGAGCGCCUGCACAAACGGGUGACAGAGCUGGAGUGUGUGAGCGGACAGACCGCCGGCGUCAAAACACAGAAGACAGAGCUGAACCAGACCAUCGAGGAGCUGGAGGCCGAGCUGAAGGCCAAAGAAGAGGAACUGGAGAAGCUGAAAGAGGAAGUGGAGAAGGCUAGCCAGCUGCAAACACAGAGAGACCUGCUCUCACAGAAACUACAGGACACGGAGCUGAGGAACGCAGAGCUGGAGUGUCAGCUGCUGGAUCUAGAACAGCGUCUGGAGAACCAACUUCAGGAAGAGCCUCUGCUAGAGCUCCUCGACAGCUUCAGGAAGAGCCUGCGCUGAAAACUGAUGGAGAACCUCAGCUAGAGAAAGAUCUUCCAGCUCACAGAGCUACGAGACAGUCUGAGCAAACUGAUGGAGAACGAGAGCAGCUAGAGACACACACACACACACUCACACACAGAGCUACGAGACAGUCUGAGAAAACUGAUGGAGAACGACUGCAGCUAGAGACACACACUCACACACACACACACACUCACACACAGAGCUACGAGACAGUCUGAGCAAACUGAUGGAGAACGAGAGCAGCUAGAGACACACACACACACACUCACACACAGAGCUACGAGACAGUCUGAGCAAACUGAUGGAGAACGACAGCAGCUAGAGACACACACACACACACACACUCACACACAGAGCUACGAGACAGUCUGAGAAAACUGAUGGAGAACGACUGCAGCUAGAGACACACACUCACACACACACACACACACUCACACACAGAGCUACGAGACAGUCUGAGCAAACUGAUGGAGAACGACAGCAGCUAGUCACACACACACACUCUCACACACACACACUCACACAAACAGACAUACACACACACACACUCACACAAACAGACACACACACACACACACACAGAGCUACGAGACAGUCUGAGCAAACUGAUGGAGAAUGACAGCAGCUAGUCACACACACACACUCUCACACACACACACUCACACAAACAGACAUACACACACACACACACUCACACAAACAGACACACACACACACACAGAGCUACGAGACAGUCUGAGCAAACUGAUGGAGAAUGACAGCAGCUAGACACACACACACACACACACACUCUCACACACACACAUACACACUCACACACACACACACACACAGAGCUACAAGACAGUCUGAGCAAACUGAUGGAGAACGACAGCAGCUAGAGACACACACACACACACUCACACAGACUGUGCUGCAGGAGUGUGAUCUGUGCUCUGACUCUUCUUUAAAAGUGUCCCGAACUGAACUGAACUGAACUGAACUGAACUAAACUGAAGUGAACUGAACUGAACUGAAGUGAACUGAAGCUCCAACUGUGUUUAUCUUCCACUCUUGAACUUCCACUAAAAUCUGAGCAAUACGAGAGAGAACGGAAUCAGGUAUCUCACGUCACACACACACCUGCGAGGACGCUUCGGUCGCAGCGUUCCUUUCCGAACUCUUUUUAAACACACACACACACACACACACACACUAGGGGUUCGGAUCACACACUUUCCUGGGAUUUUGUUUUUGCUCUUUAUGAAGAGCAACGGUUUACUUCCAGCUUAUGAUUUCUGGUUAUUUAUUGUAUUAAAAAAAACAUAAAAACCCUAAAUGAUAUCUAUAUAUUCUAAUCACAGUGGCUGCAUUACGUAGUUAUGUCAAGUAUAAAGAUGUUUGUUUUCAUUUCUCUUCUUUUUUUUAUCAUUAUUUGCAAUGUGGAAAUAUGGAUGUUUUUUUUAAUGUGGAGAUAAACUGGCAAUAUUUUUGAACUGUUAAGUGUUUAAAAGGGAAACCACGUCAUCAAACAGGAGCUGAUUUAGCAGAGAGAGCGUUUUCUUUGUUCUUCGCUGCUGAGGAGCUUCAGCGGCGGUGAAUCUCGUCCUUCUGAUCGCCGUGAUCUUCACUCUGAACUUCAAGGGCUCGCAGCAGAUAGAUGUGCUAGUUUUUGACACACCGGAUGGCUUUAUUAUCUUUGAUUUUGAAACGUUUGAAUAAUAAUUGAGAAUAUUGAUUAUUCCACACACUUACACACAAUUGUAAUUCUGAGUUUAUAGUAAAAUUAAAGAGGAAAAAAAA